CCCACAUGCCUGCCACAUCAGCACUCGCUCCUUGCAAACCUAAAAUCGGCCUCACUCUUACCCCGCCAAACUUCUGCACUUCCACCUCACAAGAAAACCCCCGCCAAAGCAAGAGUAACAAGCAUCGAAAACCAAGAAGGGACAGGCCCCCCCCACCCAUUUGUGCAAAAACUCACCCAAUGCGAAUGCCAACGAACGCCAACACCCAACUCCCGCUCUCCGUCCGCGAGCCUCGGCCCGCUGCUCCCGUGGGCACAGUUCUGAGCGAUAUCUUCUUCCAAGCCUGGCCACUUUCACCCGCUACCGCCAUCCCCACAUCCAACCGUGUGGGCCGUCCACCUCACAUGGCAGACCAGGAUGCCCCGCCGACGCACGCCGCGGACUGCGGUCUAAUGGUUCAAUGGAAGCCACGUUCCACGAGACCACCUCAUAUUGUACCUCGCCCACCCACUGCAGAGAACCCCCAAUUAGCCGCGGUAGAUUCGCCGAGAAUGUCCGUUCCCAACCAUUUAACCAGGGUAGCAAUGGAGGGGAUGCAAGCUCCCAGGAAGGACGCGUUUGUGGGGAUAUAGAUUGUUUGACUGGGGAGGGAGGUCACAUCUUUACUUGAUGGCGACAUGGAGCUGCCUUUGGGCUCCAAUCCACCCGAAAAUCCUAUGCUUCUUGUCAUAUGCCUUUCAAGAAGCGAGAGAAGAAGGUCAGCU